AUUUGGUAAAAGUGCAGUAUCAAUAUGCUUGUAAAAUAUACUUUAGAAGGUUUCGAACAUCUUUCGUAAAAGAACGUUUUCUGCCGUUCCCUAAUUCGUAAGAAACGAGUCUAUUGUGUUGGCUGCCGCUGCUGCUGUAUUUCGACGCGCGUACGCUACUACGGGCAGCAGCAGCAGCAGCCAGAUAGUCGGCGGCCGCACCGCCUCAGUCAACAGUUCUACACCUCUCAGUAAGGGUGAAAGAUUUAGACCAAGGACGACCGCCAUUUUGUGGCCACUACUAGGACGUUUCCUGCGUUUUGUGUUUUGGUGUGUGUAUUUUGACAUGUGGUGACAAAUUCCUUUCGGAAGAAUCCAUAAGGAUGUCUGUGCAUUACAAAUUCAAGUCUGCUGUGGAGUAUGAUACACUCCCAGUUGAUGGGCUCAACAUAUCAUUAGGAGAUCUAAAAGAAGCCAUCAUACAACAAAAAAGGCUCGGAAAAGGACAACCAUAUGAUUUGCAGAUAACAAAUGCAGAAACAAAAGAAGUUUAUACAGAUGAGAAGACACUGAUUCCCUGUCUUUUUACAGUUUAUACAGAUGAGAAGACACUGAUUCCCAAGAACUCAUCGUUGAUCGUUGCACGUGUGCCAAUCGAUCCUUCACAGAUGAAGCGGCCAUGGGAGAAUAAAGAUGCUACUGCGCUGAUUUUAGCCAACCCAUCAAACCUGAUGAACACUGAAGAUGCAGCAGAAGCCGCAGAAAUAGACAGAAAGAUCAAAGAGGUGACGGAUCUAACGCGAAUGGAAGGUAGCGAACAGGAUAAGAUUAAUGCAAUGGUUGCCCAGUCUACAAUGGAUUACCAUCCUUCAAAAUAUGUAAAGCUCCGUGCUAGCAAAAUGACUGGGAUUGUCCCAAUUGGCUACAAAUGUUACAAAUGCAACAAGGCCGGGCACUGGGUCACAAUGUGUCCACUUAACAAUCAAGAUUUAAGGAAGAGUACAGGGAUUCCAUCAAUGUUCCUCGAAGAGGCAAAAGAUCCAAAUGCCCCUGGUGUUAUGAUCACACAAACAGGCAAAUUAGUUCGUCUGCGGGAUAUGGGAGGUGAUAAUAAUACAGGAAAGCACAUUCCUCCAGCUGAACGACCAGCACCACCAGAUGAGUUAGAAUGCCAGCUGUGCAAGGAAAUUUUAAAAGAUGCUGUACUUAUUCCAUGCUGUGCUGUAGCCUAUUGCGAUGAUUGCAUUCGUAAUCAUCUGCUUGACUCUGAAGAGCAUGUAUGCCCUGCAUGUGGAAAGGAGGGCAUUGGCCCAGAUACACUUAUUCCCAAUAGAUACCUUAGAAUCAAAGUUCAGGAGUUUGAAUGUGGAUGGUUACAACGGGAGAGGAAGGGUGAUGGGUUAAAUGACGGAGGGGAGGCACUUACAUCAUUACCACCUCAUGUACUACAUCCGAAAGUAUCUCCAACACCACCACAUAGUCCUGCUCAUUUCCCUCAAAGCCCAGCAAGAAUCAGAGUGUCUGAUAAGCUCAUGAAAAGCCCAGCUAGUCAGACAGCAGCUAGUCCUGUGUCAGAGAGGAGUCCUUUAAGAGUUAAUGUAGUGGAACCGAUUGAUAAUGGGGAUGCAGAACACAAUGAAAAGCCAGUUGCAGAAAACAAAGAUAUUGCUAACGAAAUUCAUGAUGCUUCAAGUGAGCUUGAAGCUCCAACAGAACAAGAACAAGAAGAACCACAACCAACAGUUGAAGAGAAGGAAAAUAUUGAGAUGAAUGAAGGGGAUACUAGCAUUGAUGAAAAGCAAAAGAAAAUUAGGAAGAAGAAAGGAAAAAGGAAAAGUAGUCGACAUGAUUCUGAGGAAGAAAAAGAGGAGAAAAAGAGAAAGAAGAAAGAAAGGUCACACAAGUCCCAGGACAAAAAAUCCAGCAGUGGAGAGAGAAAAUCAAAACGCCAUGGGGAGGUGCUCAAAGAUGUUGAUUUACCUGAUGACAAAUCGGACAUCUGGGAUUCUACUAAUUUAGAUGACAGUGUAAGUCAUGAAACUGAUGAAGAUAAAAAGCGGCCCCGUUCUAAACUUAUCUUGAAGGAUGUGCCAAGUGAAGCUGUAGUUUCAUCAGAUUGGACUGGAGACAGAGUGGAAAAUCGUGUACCGAACCGUAGCAGAAGUAAUAGUGGAGAAAAGAAUGACAUACCAUUAUAUGAUAAUAUUGUUCCAUUCAAUCCUCAUGUACCACCACCUAAUUUUGUGAAGUCUCCUCCUCAGGGUUAUCAAUACCCUGUAACUUCUACGUAUCCACAAGUACUUCCUCCCGUACCUGUGACAACAGACACUACAUAUUCGCAUUACCAGGUUGGCAUCCCUCCACCAAUACUCUCCAAUCCUCCCUUAAGUUAUUCGAGGACUCAUUCAUCCUAUAAUGAAAGAGAGUUGAUUGCAGAUCCCUUAACUGAAUUUCAAAAGCACAUGCGAGAAAAGGAUGAACGUGAUCGCAAGUGGCGUUACAGCAGAUCUAGAUCACCCUCAAGGUCCCCAAGAUAUAGGAGGGUAAGAUCCAGAUCUCGUCAACGAUCUUGGUCACGUUCACGUUCCCGUUCUAUAUCAAGAUCUCGUGGAGGGUUAUCAGCACGUUCUCCAAGAUCUCAGUCAAGGAGAAGGUGGAGUCGUUCACCUCCACCAAGAAGCCAUACUUAUCGUUCUCGUUCACCUUCAUUUUCUAGGGAACGUUCUAUUUCAAAUCGCUCGUUGUCCCUUAGCAGAACCCCUAGUCCAAGUAGAAGAAUAGGGACUUCACCAUUACAUGUACUUCCUGUACAUCCUCCGGUACAUCCUCCAGUACUUCCUGAUCCACAUAUGUUAGCAAGACCUCCAAUGGACUAUGGAGUGCCAAGGGAUUACAAUAGAUUCCCAAUGGGUUCUAUGGCACAUGAUCAGUACCAACCUCAGCCUCCAUAUCAUACUGCCCCUGGUCAUUGGGAUCAGCAUGUCAGGUAUAAUCAAGGGAGGCCAGACAACUUCAAGCCUAAUUUCAGAGGACGCCGAGGUCGAGGGGGUUUCAGACAAGGAGAGAAUUUUGAUAAUCGCAAUCAAGAUUAUAGGUACCAGGAUUUUAGAUCACAACGUAUGGUGGAUGAUCGACGUGGGGGUAUUCAGGCCGCGGGUUGCUGGGAGAGAGAAAAUAGACCAAGCUUCAAUACUGAAAUUCCAAGAGCUGAUAGAGGUAAUCGACACUUUGAGGGAGAAAGACGACGAUAUGGAGAUGCCACUGAUUGUGAUGAAAGUAGACCCAGAAGACACGAUGAUCAUCAUGCUCAAAAUAUAUACAGUGAUGAAGAAUGGCGUCAUUCAGAUGAGGGUAGAAAAAGAGAGGAUGACUCUGAACGACGUCGAUUUGAAGGUCGAAGAGGAAGAGAGGAGAGGAAAGAUGAUUCUGAUGACUAUGAUGACUUGAAAAGGUCAAGGAAAGAUGCUGAUAGUGGUAAAAGUUAUGAUAGAGGGUACAAGGAUGAUGAUAGAUCUGGUCGACAUGAAAGAGAUAGUAAGCCCAAGAGUGUGUCAAGGAGAGAGAGUCCAAGAGAUGAAGACCUCCAUUACCGUAGCAAAUCAUAUGACUCGCCAGGUAAGAAUCUGAAAAAAUCACCAGUUAGAGAAAGAAGAGAGAAGGAUAAUGAUAGAAGAGAUAGAGAUUAUGAUAGAAGAGAUAGAGAAGUAGACAAAAAGGACAAAGAGGACAAGAGAGACCGUGAAGGUGAUAGCAGGAGAGAUAGAGAUGGUGAUAACAGAAGGGACCGUGAUAGUGACAGACGAGAUUGGGAAAGCGAUAGAAGAGACAGGGAUUCUGAUAAAAGGAGUAAAGAAAAUGAUCGCAGAGAUGACAGGAGAGAACGAGAAAUUGGUAAACAAGAAAGUGACUCAAAAGACUAUGAUAGAAAAGAUAGUUACAAAAGAGAAAAGGACCAAGAUCGAAAGUUACGUGAUGUUGACAGAAAAGAUAAAGAGGGAGAUAGGAGAGGAAGAGAUCUUUCAAAGCGUGACAAGGAUCCUUUGACUAAAGAUAAAAAUGAUAAAAGUGGUGAGGAGAUUAAAAAAGAGAAAUCUUAUGUAACAAGGUGGGAUCAUGGUGAUAUUAAACACAAACCUGACCGGGAUAUUGAAAAGAAAAGCAAGUCGCGAGAAAGGGAUGUGGCCUAUGGCCAUGAAGAGAAAGAACACAAGAGGAAAAGUAGGCGUAAGGAAGAGAAGGAUGAGGGCCAUCAUGGAAAAGAAAAAUGUGACGGAGCCUCAGAGAAUGAUAGCUUAUCAAAGUUAGAAAAGAAGAAGCAAGACAAAAAGAAGAGGAAAAAAGAAAGACGCAGAGCUUCCCAGGCUUCUACUGAGGCUUCACAAGGAGAGAUAUCUGGAGACGAGGGUGAAGACAAAAGAAAGAAGAAAAAACGGGACAAGAAAAGAAAAGCUAAGGGUUUAUCUGCUGAAGAAGGACUAGAGGAUGUUGGGGACAAAGUAGUAAGUGAAAAUAUGUCAGGAAGUGACCCUAAAGAACCAGAUAAUACCGGAUUGUCAGCUUCUUCCGCUGAAAAAGAGUCUGAACCUGCAUUGCAUGAAAGGUCACCUGAUCCCAAACCAAGUGAUGAAAGUCCUACAACACACUUACCUUUGCCUCCUUUAUCUAAAUGGGAGAGAGAUGAAGACCUUACUUUGACACCUAAAGGCAUUUCUGAAAACAAAGCCCCAGAAGAAGAAAAGAAAGUCACAGUUGACAUACUUAAACGUGCAGAAAAUACAAUAUUCUCAGGAAGAGGUUUAGCUUCACGCAAAGUGUUUUUGGAUCCUCAAAAACAGAAAGAGGAUGAAGAGCAAGUCAGAAGUCCAACACCUGAGUGGGAACGAUCAGAACUUCGAGAAGCUAAAAGAAGAGGACCUUCAAUUCAGAUAACUAUAUCCUCAAAAACUGAAUCUCAAAUAGGUAGACCAAGGGGAGGAAGGUACCAGCCAUCUAACCCAGAACAUAAUGACCAAAAGAGAUAUACACUUCGUUCCAGGAGGGGCUCAGAUCUUGAGAAAGGUGAAAAGCAGUCACGCAGCCAAACUCAAGCCUCAGUCAAGUCCCGAAGGAAGAGUGAAAAAGAAAACUCAAAGGAAGAGAAGGAUAAUGAUAAUUACAAUGACAAAGUUGAUGUAAAUAGUGAUUAUAACUCAUCUGAAAAGAAAUUGAAUGAUGAUGUGAGUAGCCCACUGAUGAAGGAUAAUGAAAAUGAUAAUGAAAUGACGAGAGAGCUUGACAGUCCACACAUGUCAGAAGCAAAAACAUCUGAAGUAAAUACCUGUGAUAAUGUAGAUGCUAAGUCUGAAUUUCACGAUAGUGAGGUAAAACCAGAAAAUGUAACUGUACACAAAGGAGUUAAAAGACCCUCUUCAUCAUCAGCAGAUGAACUUGAUGUGAAAAGGGUAAAAGCAGACGGUAAUGGUGAUACAGUACCUUCGGAGAAUAAUGAUUUUGCUCCAGAAAAUAGUUCAAAUGUUAACGAAAAAGACACUCAUGCUCUUUUGGAUUCAGAAUAUCCAAUGCUCGAGGAAAACAUGAAGGAAGAAAUGAUGAAUGUUGAAAUAACAAAUGCUCCAAUAAGGGGGUUGUUAUCUGAUCCCAUGACAACCUUGGAGCAAGAGCUAGAAGAGGGUGAAAUUCCUUCAGAUUUUUCAGGAGAUGAGGUCCCAAAAGAACCAGUGGUAGAUGAUACUCCAUUAGAAUUACGAGGCAUGGUACAAAGUGAAAUGGUGGAGCAGCCUUUAAAGACAGGACAACUCAGGUAUUCCCCUAUUCGUGUCCCUAGUCCAGUGGUGGAAGAAAGUAAAUCUACAGAGGUGCUUAAAGUGAAAGAAAAGACCAAGAAGAGAAAGAAAAGGAAGAGGUCUUCUAGUUCAAGUUCAAGCAAUAGCAGUUCUUCCUCUAGUAGUAGCAGUAGUAGUGAAGAUGAGGAAAUUGUAAAAAAGAAGAAGAAGAAGAAGAAAAAGAAGAAGGCAGCUAUUUUGAGUGAAUCAAGUGAUGGAGAGUCUCAAAGAAAGCACAAGAAAAAGAAGAAAGAUAAAAAGAAAAAGAAGAAGAAGUCAAAGAAGAAGAGUGACAAAUAAACUGGUCUACUAUUGUUAAGUUAAUCAAAAACCAAAGAAGAAAAUGUGUAAAAAGUUCCAUAUUUUUUUUAUAGGAAGUUGUAUAUUGUAAAUGUACAGUAAGUUGUAUAUAUUUAAAAAAUGUUCCCUCUGUUUUAUAGGGAUUUAUAUUCAGAUGUGAUAUAUUUACUUUCAUGAGCCUUCUGGUCUCAGAAGUUUGUGUUGUGGAUUAAUUAGAUUUUUCUAUUGGAUUAAUGUUAUGUCAUUUUGUUUCACCUUCUUGAAUGAGUACUGUGCAUAUUUGAUAUGCUGUAUAUGGUAUGAUACCUUGUAUUUUGUAUAUUUGGUAUGAAAUGUAAAUAUUGUACCUAAUUGUAAUAAAUAUUACUGUUUUGUA